AAAAACUGCUUUCACCAAGAAAUGUGGGGAGACUGCUUUCAUUGCACCCCAGUGUGAAAUGAUUCCAAUUGAGUGGGUAUGCCGAAGAAUCGCCACUGGAUCUUUUCUCAAAAGGAACCCUGGUGUGAAGGAGGGGUAUAGGUUUUAUCCACCAAAAGUAGAGAUGUUCUUCAAGGAUGAUGCCAAUAACGACCCACAGUGGUCUGAGGAGCAACUCAUCGCUGCAAAAUUUUGUUUUGCUGGACUCGUUAUAGGGCAAACUGAAGUGGAUAUCAUGAGUCAUGCCACACAAGCUAUUUUUGAAAUUCUGGAGAAAUCCUGGCUGCCCCAAAACUGUACGCUGGUUGAUAUGAAGAUUGAGUUUGGCGUUGAUGUAACCACCAAAGAGAUUGUUCUUGCUGAUGUCAUAGAUAAUGAUUCCUGGAGACUAUGGCCAUCAGGAGAUCGGAGCCAGGAGAAAGACAAACAGUCUUAUCGGGAUCUCAAAGAAGUAACUCCGGAAGGACUCCAGAUGGUAAAGAAGAACUUUGAGUGGGUUGCAGACCGAGUGGAGUUGCUUCUCAAGUCAAACAGUCAGUGCAGGGUGGUAGUGCUGAUGGGGUCGACCUCUGACUUUGGUCACUGUGAAAAAAUUAAGAAGGCUUGUGGAAACUUUGGGAUUCCAUGUGAACUUAGAGUAACAUCUGCACAUAAAGGACCAGAUGAAACUUUGAGGAUUAAAGCAGAAUAUGAAGGGGAUGGCAUACCUACUGUAUUUGUCGCAGUGGCGGGCAGGAGCAAUGGACUGGGCCCAGUGAUGUCUGGUAAUACUGCAUACCCGGUUAUCAGCUGUCCCCCAAUCACAGCAGACUGGGGUGCUCAGGAUGUGUGGUCAUCUCUGCGACUGCCCAGUGGUAUUGGCUGUUCAACUAUACUUUCUCCAGAAGGAUCAGCCCAGUUUGCUGCUCAGAUAUUUGGGUUAAACAACCAUUUAGUGUGGGCCAAACUUCGAGCGAGCAAACUGAACACGUGGAUAUCCUUAAAGCAGGCUGAUAAGAAAAUCAGAGAGUGCAAUUUGUAAUAAAGCAAUUUAAUUUGUAGGAGAAAAGUUACAUAUUCCUAGUUUGGAUUUAAAAAAAAAAAUCAAGCAAAAUGAUUUCACAUCAGAGAAAACAAUUCAGUUUAUUUUCUGGCUCUAUGUAGUGAUAUGUCCCUGUAGCCUGAGCACUCUAGAGGAUCACUAAAUUCAAGGCCAGCCUGAAUUGUGUAUUGAGACCCUGUAUUUGCUGGGGAGGGGAUCUUGGCACAACGCUGCUAAAUUACAUCUCGCUUUCUAUAUAGUCAUUGUUGGGUAAAUAUGUAAUUAUGGAACUGGAGCAAUGUGUCUGUGGUUCAAGAACCAGUAUGGCUCUCCUGCAGAUGCCCUGAGUUUGGCUCCCAGCAUCCAUGUAGACUGCCUCACAAUAAAUAACCUUUAACCCGGAAAAAAAAAAAA